AUGCGGGCAUCCCUCAGGUCGCUCGCUCUCGGCCCCUAUGCAUCCCGCACCCCGCACCCUGCCCCUGCCCCCCCCGGUCUGCUCGCAGGGAAACACAUAGCCAUCAAGGAAAACAUCUCCUACUCGCAAGCACCCACCUCCUGCUCGUCCCAGCUCCUGCAAGGAUACAUUCCUCCCUACAAUGCUGCCUGCGUUGACCACUUGAUCAACGCCGGCGCGCAUAUCGUGGGCACCACAAAGAUGGACGAAUUUGGCAUGGGGCAGGUUCUCACAAACUACAAACAUACCACCAUCGUACUCACCACUGGGGGCAGUUCGGGAGGGUCUGCUGCUGCUGUCGCUGAAGGAUCCUGCUGGGCAGCCCUUGGUACUGACACGGGAGGGUCUGUCAGACUACCCGCCAGCUAUUGUGGUGUUGUCGGCCUGAAGCCUUCAUAUGGCCUUGUCAGCAGGCGAGGUGUCGUGGCAUAUGGAGAUUCUCUCGAUUGUGUCGGAGUCCUGGCAAAAGACAUUGAUAUCGUCGAAAAAGUCUUCAAUAUCAUUUCCCAUCCUGAUGACCGCGACAUGACCUGCGCUCCCUCAUCCGUUCGCUCUACAUCUCUACCCCUCGACCUCUCUUCCACCUCUCUCAAAAACCUACGCAUCGGUAUACCUGCACAGACUCUUCUCCCUCAUCCCUACACGUCCAUCCCGCCAUCACUGCUCACCCAUCUCCAAUCCCUCGGCGCAUCGCUACGCCCCGUGUCGCUACCGUCUGUCAGGAAGGCGCUUCCGGCGUACUAUGUGCUGGCUAGUGCUGAAGCGAGCUCAAAUUUGGGCAGGUAUGGCGGAGGAUGGUAUGGGUCCGAGGCAGAGAAAGAGGCAGGGAGGAUAGAGGGUGAAAGCGGGCAGGAGAGGCGGGUCAGAGUAAGGAGUGACGGGUUUGGAAAGGAAGUGAAAAAAAGAAUACUGGCAGGGACACAUGCCCUCAGUGCAGACGAGUUCAACAACACAUACCUCAAGGCCCUUUACCUCCGCCGCCUCCUUCGACAAGAAUAUCAACGUACUUUCCGAAUCGCACAUCCUCUGGCCGCGCCCUACACCCCCAACUCUGACGGUGUCGAUCUCAUCCUCCAUCCCACUGCUAUCCGCACAGCACCUUUGCUCAACCAAGACGCAAAGACGGGCGAAAGUGUAUAUCUGCAAGAUCUGAUCACGGUGCCGCCCAGUUUGGCGGGGUUACCAGCAAUGUCUGUGCCGGCUGGCAAAGCAGAAGAUGGAUGGCCAGUGGGGAUGAGUGUGACAGGUCAGUGGGGAAUGGAAGGGUUGGUGUUUGGGUUGGGCCGGGCGAUUGAAGGUUGGGCGAGAAAUCUAUAG